AUUCAGUAGUAUUGAAAAGCGGUUAAGUCAGACUGGGCAAAUACGCUUAUAAUUUAUCCUAUAGUAUUAUAGCUAAUUAUUAAUUAAUAAUCAUGACAUAGAUAUGAUACUUUUAGAUUCAAUUAAAUAAAAUCUUUCAUAAAUGAUGUUUCAUUUUUGCAUACUUGUUCUUUCUCUAAGAUAAUCUUCCUUCGUUUGAAUCCUCAAUAAACAAAUUGAUUGUAAUGUAUACAGUAAAGAGGGGAUGAAGGAAAAAAACAGAAAAGAUUCAAUCAUGGCGCAGAAUAAAUUUAUAACGUUUUCUAUGUGUUUAUGUGCUUAAACUAACGUGACAAUCCAAUACCUAGUAAUUUCUUAAGAAGAACUUUUUCUAUUGGUGGAAAUGGCGAAAUACAAGUUGCGUCGUUCGUAACGUCCUUCAAACGUUCUUAUCGAUUCUGAGAAUAUACAGAGUGUAUAAUACGAAGUUCACUGUCGAAAUAUGUUAGUUCGUCGGUAACAACGCUUGACCGAUUGUCGUUCAGUGAGCACUCAGUAUUAUUGAGGGAAAAACUAUCAUAUAAUUAUCUUUUCUUUUUUUUUUCAAUUACAAUAUUUUAAGUCAGACUGCGAAAAUUUAAAAAAAAAUGUCAGAUAACGAGAAUAAAUUAUGGUGUCAAAAUAAGCGUCAAAAUUGUGUUGUGCAACCACUCUUAACAGAUUUAUACCAAAUUACAAUGGCAUAUGCUUAUUGGAAAAGUGAAAAGAUGAAUGAUUAUGCUGUAUUUGAUUUAUUCUUUCGUAAAAAUCCUUUUCAAGGAGAAUUUACAAUUUUUGCUGGUUUAGAAGAAUGUAUUAAAUUUUUAGAAAAAUUUCAUUAUUCUUCAAGUGAUAUUAAAUAUUUAAAAUCAACAAUGCCAUCAUCAAUUGAUGAAAGAUUUUUUGAAUAUUUGAAAGACUUAACACCAAAAGAUGUAACAAUAUAUGCUGUAGAAGAAGGUUCAGUUGUUUUUCCAAGAAUACCAUUACUAAGAGUAGAAGGUCCAUUAAUAAUGGUACAACUUUUGGAAACAACAUUGUUAACAUUAGUUAACUAUGCGAGUUUAAUGGCAACUAAUGCAGCCAGAUUUCGCAUGGCUGCUGGGAAAAAUAUAACAUUGCUAGAAUUUGGUCUUCGAAGAGCUCAGGGUCCUGAUGGUGGUUUAAGCGCUUCUAAAUAUAGCUAUAUUGGUGGUUUUGAUGGUACAAGUAAUGUUUUAGCAGGAAAACUUUAUAAUAUUCCUGUAGGUGGAACACAUGCACAUUCAUACAUAACAUCUUUUAUUACUCUGGAUGAUUUGCGAGAAAAAACUUUGGCACAUAAAGAAACAGGAAAAGUUUAUGAUAUUUUAGAAUUAGCCUACAAGCAUCGAAAUUCUAUUGCAGCUGAUAUAGGAGCACUAGUUUCUGAGGCUUCUAAUGGAGAAUUAGCUGCUUUAAUUAGUUAUGCUAUUGCUUUUCCACAACGAUUUCUUGCUCUUGUAGACACAUAUGAUGUGGAAAGCAUCGAAUCUUCGGCCAAGAGACAAGCAUAUAUAGUCAGCCUAAAUGUAAAGAAUAAACAUCUAAUAAAUGGGUCCAAUAAACAUGCCCAAAAUGGUGUCAGAAAUGAUCCGGUUAUAUCAGAAUCAACUUCACAUCACAAGAAUGGCUUUUUAAGUCAAGGCGAAUUGGGUGAGCUCUAUGUGAGGAGUGGUCUUCUAAACUUUUGUGCAGUGGCACUAGCUUUAAAUGAUUUGGGUUAUAAAGCAAUUGGUAUAAGACUUGACAGUGGCGAUUUAGCAUAUCAAAGUAAUUUCGCCAGAGAUUUGUUUGAAAGAAUUGGUAUUAAAUAUAAUAUACCUUGGUUUGGGAAAUUAACAAUCUGUGCAUCAAAUGAUAUCAAUGAAGAGACCAUUCUAAGUUUAAAUGAACAGAAUCAUAAGAUUGAUUGUUUUGGAAUUGGAACACAUUUGGUAACAUGUCAAAGACAACCAGCACUAGGUUGCGUUUAUAAAAUGGUUGAAAUUAAUGAUCAACCUAGAAUAAAAAUCAGUCAUGAUGUUAGUAAAAUAACAAUACCUGGUAAAAAAGUUGCAUUUAGAUUAUAUGGAGCAGAUGGAUGUGCUUUAAUUGAUCUCUUACAAAGAUCAACAGAAGAAAUACCACAAGUAAAACAUAAAGUUCUUUGUAGACAUCCUUUUCAAGAGUCAAAAAGAGCUUAUGUUAUUCCAACGCGAGUGGAGCCACUACAUAAGGUUUAUUGGAAAAAUGGUAAAUUAUGCCAACCUUUACUUACAUUACAAGAAAUACGAAAUAAAGUCCAAGAGUCUUUAAGAACACUUAGAAAUGAUCACAAGAGAAACCUAAAUCCUACACCAUAUAAAGUUGCUGUUAGUGAUGAUUUGUAUAAUUUUAUACAUGAUUUAUGGUUACAACACGCACCCAUUGGUGAACUUUCGUGAAACUGUAAAUACAUCAUUAUUAUAAGAAAGUAACAAAAAAAAGAUCACGUAUUUAAAUAGCCUAUCAACAUAUUAUUCAAAGAUUUAAAAUUUUAUCUGUACAAGUAUUUGACUAUAGUACAUAUACAUUAUUUUGAUAACUUAUAAAAAUUGUAUUUUGAUAACUUGUAAAAAUUAUUUUAUAUUCAUAUAGCUUUACAAGUAUAGGGUGAAUUGUUUGUAGGAAACAAAAGUAUAGAUUAUAAAUAUGAAAAUGUAUACAAAUGUAUAAAUGUAUACAACAAGUAUAGAAUGUGUGAUAGUAUAUGUAACUAUCAUACAUAUUUAGUUACUUUUGAUUUUUAAAAA